AUGUUCAAGCUUAUCGCUCUGAUUGCCUGCCUUGCCGUGGUUGCAUCGGCCUUUGAGGACUAUCACAGCUAUCCCAAGUACAAGUACGAAUAUGGAGUGAAGGAUGGACACACCCACGAUCACAAGAGCCAAUGGGAGCACCGCGAUGGAGAUCACGUGAAGGGACAAUACACUCUAGAUGAAGCCGAUGGAACUCACCGUAUUGUUGACUAUAGCUCGGAUCACAAGACUGGAUUCCAGCCUCAUGUUAAACGCGUUGGCCAUGCUCAUCAUCCACAUGGAGAGAGCUACGCCAAUAUCGAUCAGCACUAUUAG